AGUCCGCAGGGUAACCCCCGCUUCAAUAAAGGGAAGAUUGUACAUAGCCACGCCAAACAAAUAACAUCAUGACAUUAAACUGACAUUUAAAAAUUCUUAUCGAAAACUUAUCUUCUUAUUUACAGACACAAACACUCUCUCAUUUUAUUAUUUAACCUUUAAGUUGGACGCAACAACAACAGGUCCACUGACCAGUCAAACUGUAUUAAUUGAAACGCACGUCCAGUUGGAAAACACAGUCUCAUUAUUAACAAUUCCGAAUAACUAAAGAGUAAAGAAUGGCGCAUUUUUCUGUAGUUUCACUCACCCAAGUUGUUUUGCUGUUGGUUUUCAUCUGCUGGACGACGAGUUCGACUGGCGCUGCCUUUUCCUUGGAGGAAGAAUUCCUACAACUGAAGGAAAAUUAUAUUCAAAUGAAACAAGUCUUGGAAUCGACAGCGAUUGAACUGCGGGCCAAAGUGACUGUACUGGAGGCCAAAGUUGAACAACAAGAUUCGCUUUUAACUUCCUUUUUACGAGAGAAAAAUGAACGCACAGCAGCAGCAGCAACCGACUCUGUUCCAAUUAGCAACAAUCAAUCGGCUGUUGCCAUCCCGGGACUGCCGUCUUCAUGCGGGGAUCUCAAAAUGAUUGGCCACAUUUGGAGCGGAAUUUAUUCCGUCAUGGGAUUGGCGAAAAUGGAAUCCGUUUACUGCGACUUCACUAAACUUCCUAGCGAUGCGGGUUUUCAAAAAUGGAUCGGAUUCGCCGACGUCAAAUCUGCGCCCGUCUAUUUCUACGUCCAGAGACAGAUUUUUUUCAACAAAACAUCAACUCCGAUUCCGUUCGAGUUGGCGCGAGUGAACGAGGGAAACACCAUGAAUUUGACAUCGGGGAUAUUCACGGCACCGAGACCGGGAAUUUAUUUUUUCUCUUUCGCGGGACUGGCGCGUCUUGAAUCUUCAUCAUCUUCUUGGUUUUAUUCUGAUCUUUAUUUGAACGGGAAAUCAAUUGGGCAGAGUCAUGUUCAAGAGAGAAACCCCCCCGUUAAUCAAUUUAGUCCGUUUACCCAACAGUCGACGCUGAAGUUGAAAACAGGCGAUCAAGUCUGGAUGACGAUUGGUUAUUCUGGUUCAUCCUCGUAUUUGGAUGACGACAGUCGUCACUUCACCCAUUUCACGGGUUUCAUGUUGGAGGAGGAAAUUGUCGCGUCCCUUUGAGGUUUCGGGUUCAACAUCCAAAAUCCGCAAAAUCAUCGACGAAACGAAAUUUUGG